AUGGAUUUGUCAAAGACUACACUGUCAACCAUAUUAAUUUUACUGUCUGGAAUUGGCUAUGUAUUUUCAGGUAUAUUAUGUGAUUUCGAGUCGAAAUGUGAUUGGAUAUUCGAGAGUCCAGCACGCAAAUAUCCACGUGACCCGAGACACAAUUUUAAAGUUGUCAUUGGUAGUCGUGAUUCAAAGCCGACUCACUAUGCAUAUUUCAAUUUCACUAAAACACGUGAAGAGCCCGCGAUGAUCAUUAGCCCAUACUAUCAACAUCUGUCCAUUCAGUGUGAGCUCCGGUUCAUGUUUCGUUUAUUUGGUGAUCCGGAUGCAACACUGAUAGUAACCAGUCAACACCGUGCUUUAAGUGAAGCAGCUAGUUACACUGACUUAUAUGAUUAUGAAGAUGAAACGGAGUGGACAAGACCAACGCUGCAUUCCACUUUCGAUUCAGCAAAUAAUUAUAUUGAUUCGUGGAAGGAAGUUGGUGUGCAUAUUGGACACGUCACUCAUCCGACCCGAAUCAGAAUCGAAUGUCAUUCUAAGGGAAGUGGUGCCGUUGGAGCAUCAAAAGGAAACACUGAAUGUUACAUUGAUAAUAUUGAAAUGGUUAAAUGUGAUGAGGAGGUGUGGUACGAGAACGUAUGUCAAUCAAAUAAGACUAAAAAGUAUCUAUGCCAUAAAUAUGAUCAUCUGAAGUGCAUCGAUUAUGACCAGUUAUGCGAUAUGACAGUCGACUGUCCAGGAGCUGAGGAUGAACAAACUGAUUUACACAAUUGCACAGUAGUACCACUUGGUGCUCGCUGUACAUUUGAAGAUGAUAACGAGGAGAAGACAGGUUGUGUAGGAUGGCGUCUUGAGACUUACUAUGUUCAUAAUAGUCGAAGAGCAGAUGAAAAUAAACAUCUUUUCAUUCGAGUUAAUUCGAGCGGUGCAGCAAAGCAAUCAUCAUUAAAGCAUGUCCCUCCUAGAGAUCACACUUUUGAACAUACUAAUAAUAGCGGUCAUUUUUUGUAUUUUACAUCAGAAGAUGGUCAGGAUCGGAAUAGCUUCACUGAUACAAAGUCAACUUAUUUAAUAUCACCAUAUUUUCCUCCAACCGUUAAUGUACUUCUCAAUCCUGUCGCUCUUCUGUCUAAUUCAUGCAGGAUUCGAUUUUAUUACUGUUCAUAUGGAAGUGCUGUUUCAACUUUGCAACUGACUGUACAUCCAACCAACGGACAACCUCCUAAAAUCAUCUGGACACCGCCAUCUCUCUCAUUUGCUGACCACAGUUACUAUUGUGAAUGGAUGAAAGUAUCCGUUGAUUUACCAGAACAGAAAAGUGAAUAUUAUUUAAAAAUUGGUGUGAGUAAAAUAUUUGACUCAUCGAUAAGUUUCGCUAUUGAUGAUUUCUCGAUGACACCAGAUUGUUUCGCAAAUGAAGCAUGGCGUACACAGUAUGUACCUUAUGUGUAUAAUAUAACAAGUUGUGGACGACAAGGAGCACAACCACCAACACCCGAAACUUGCGAAAAUUUUUAUAAUCAGAGCUCAAUAAAAAUAUUGUUGCGGAAGAAUACUUCCAAUGGAUUUCAAAAGUGGAUCGUACCAAAAACUUCAGAAUACAGAAUCGAAGCGUAUGGUGCAUCUGGAGGACAUCUUGCACAGCAGACAAUCAAUAAUUAUGGUGGACAAGUGAUCAGCGUACUUAAUUUAACAAUGGGUAUGGAAUUGAACAUUCUGGUAGGACAAAUGGGUGAAAGUCCAUGUGAUCACUUUAACACGUCAGCCGAUGACAUGAAGAGUUACCAGUACGAGGUGUUGAAAUAUUUAUGCAAGAAGAGCAGUAGCAUUUGGAAUGAUAAUUCAGCACUGACUAAUGCUGUAAUGUUCCCGGGUACUGGUGGCGGCGGUGCAACAAUUGUCAAAUAUCAAAACAUGAUCAUUUUAGUAGCUGGCGGUGGUGGUGGAAUAUUUCCGGAACAAAUUAUUUCAUUGGAGAAGCCAGGAGUAAACCCGAGAGGUGGUUACUUGUUCGAGGCUGACAAAAAUUCACAAUCUAAUGAUUAUUAUAAUCCAAAGCGAGGGAUUCAGUGGAUGGCUGGAGAUGGCGCACAUCUGAUACAUGAUAAUGAAAAAGAUAAAUGUGAGCAGUGUAUUGUGAUGUCUGGACAACUGAAUAACGUAUCUUCUGCCGGUGGUGUAUGCCCGUUGGUAUCGGUGUGGAAAAUUUUAGGAGGAUAUGGAGGUGGCGGUGCAUCCUGUGGGCCAGGAGGUGGUGGUGGAGCUGGUUAUCAUGGUGGAGAAGGUGGACAAAAAUAUCAUGGUGACGGUGGAAAAAGUUUCGCACACUACAAGAGUGCUAUCGUUAGACCUGGUAUGAAUAGCGGUAAUGGUUAUGUAUUAAUUCAUCCAUGUCGUUUACGCUGUUCUCAAAAUGCAACCUGCCGUUUUCGCUUCGACAACACCGCAGAAAUUGGCUCUUAUUGUGCCUGCCCGGAUGGUCAAGUAGUUGGCGAGUUACAGGACUGCCUUUUUGGCGAAAAUAAAAAGAAGAAGCAAAUAAAUAUUCGUCGGAAGGAAUCCCUGCUGGUGAUGCUUGUUUUCGCAUUCGUUUUGUGCACUAUCAUUCUCCUGAGUGCAUUUGGAAGUUUCUGUGUUUACUUUCGAAGACGAUUAAAAAAGGCAAAAAUAGAGAAAGUGGAGCUUAAUCGUGAAAUAGGAAUGUGUGCUUUAACGCCAAGUACACCUAUGAGUAUUUCCGGAAAUCCUAUUUAUGAACCAUUUGGCCCAUGCGCUGAACUUCAACCUAUACCACGUGCUAACGUUGCUCUAAUAAGACCACUUGGACAGGGAGCUUUUGGUGAGGUGUACGAGGGCACACUGAACUGUGGUAGUCAAUCGGUUCAGGUUGCAGUGAAAACGUUACCGAAGACCGCAUCCAAGCAGGCAGUAAAUGAUUUUGAAAUGGAAGCACUUAUUAUGAGCAAAUUCCGGCACGAGAACAUCUGCGAACUUAUGGGAGUGUGUUUUGAUGUGACUCCAAGACUCAUCAUUCUAGAACUAUUAGCUGGCGGUGACCUGAAAUCUUUUCUUCGCGAAUGUAGACCUAAAAAUACCCAAGACCAACGGAUUCAAAUGAUUGAUCUGCUGGAUAUGGCUCAAGAUGUUGCCAAAGGAUGUAAAUUUCUUGCUGAUAAUCGUUUUAUACAUCGAGAUAUUGCUGCUAGAAAUUGUUUACUAACCAAGAAAGAAGUAGGACGUGUUGUUAAAAUUGCUGACUUUGGUAUGGCAAGGGAUAUUUAUAGGCAAGAUUAUUAUCGUAAGGGUGGUAAAGCAAUGUUACCAGUGAAGUGGAUGCCACCUGAAGCCUUUCUUGAUGGCGUUUUUACAGUAAAAACUGAUGUUUGGUCAUUCGGCGUACUAUUAUGGGAGAUUUUUUCCCUUGGAUAUAUGCCAUAUCCGGGGAGAAGUAAUCAAGAAGUUAUGUCUCUAAUUGUGAAUGGGGGGCGAUUGGAACCACCGAAUGGUAUACCUGAUCAAAUUUACAGUUUGAUGUUAGCUUGUUGGAGUACCGCCGAUACUGAUCGACCGCAUUUUGACUACAUUAUUGAAAAUUUGGAUUCUAUGCUUCAAAAUCCAGUUAUGCAAAGUAUGCCUUUGCCCGCGAUCAUUCAUCGACUAUCACAAUCGCAGUCUGCUCCUAAUAAUUCAUCUUUACCGGAGAGUCCUUCUUCGGUUACUGAAACGAUGUCGCAAAAUAAUUAUUCUCAAAGUACCAUUAAUACGAUACUGAAUUCGUAUACUGAAACAAUUCCGUCCAAUGACUGUGAUCCGUUACCUACAAAAGGUGAUGGAGUUAACUUCAAUGUGUGCACUCCUUAUCAUCCGCAAUCAUCUGAGCCAUUCUGUACCUUGGAUAGAACUCAAUCUAGGCCAUUAUCUCUUUGGGCUAAUGGUCAGUUACCAAGUGGAAGUACAGAGACAUGUGAUAGCGGUGAAGCAGCAAGCAACUGCAAUGACAAUGUUUUAUCAACCAUGACACUGCAUAAUGCAGUAGCUGGAUCUCGUAAGCCUGUAGUUGAUGUGGAUUCCUGUAAUAAUCGGUCGAUUAGUAGCGAUUAUGCCAAUGCGAUACGUACCGAAGUAGUAUCACUACUGGAAAAACGAUACCCUCCACCAAUGAAGUUAGUAUUACCAUCAUCCACAUCCGACGAUUUCUUAUCUCCUAGUGUGACAAACUCUUUAAAGUCAUCAAACUCAUCAAAUCAUCAGUCAUUACUUCAGGAUUGCAUGAAUCAAAGUCAGAUUUUAUAA